AUGGAGGGCGGCGCGGGGCGCGAGCAGCGGGCCGAAGCGCGGACGACGCCAGGGCGCGGCGAGCCUAGGCGGGGCAGCGCGGUGGAGCACACGCGCGGGACGAGCGUGCGGCAGAGGAGCGGCAUCAGGGGCACCGGGGCGCAACGGCGGGCGCGGCCGAGCGCGCGCGGGGCGCGGCGACCGCGGCGUGCGCGCGCGCAGUGGGCGUCGGUGGCCGGGACGGGCGACGAGGAAGAGGGGAGGCAGAGGGGAGCGCUCACGGUGGCCGUAGGGACUAGGGCAGUGGUGGUUGGGGAGGACGACGGCGACGACCCCGGCGGAGAGGAGGCAGACCGUCGGGAAGGAGGCGCCGGCGAGGUAGCCGCGGAGGCGGGCGAGGUGGCCGAGCGACGAGGGCGUCGGGUGCGUGGUGAGGCAGCAACGGCGACGGGGACGGGCGUCGACGUCGAGGGCGUGGUCGUCUCGGGCGAGCGGGGAAAGGGAUCGAUCCAGGCGGCGGGGUCGGGGGCGACGGGCGUCGAUAGAACCCUAGCAUUUUCCCCUCUCCGCCACCGGAUGAAACCCGCGCUGGCUGGACGUGUCCGCUGCCACUUGUCACCUCCUGGUUCUCCCGUCCCGCACGCCCACAUCGCCGCGCGCCCGCGCGCCGGCCCGCCGCGGGGCCCAGGCGGGGCCCUCCCGGCCCAUCGCGCCGCCGCGCGGCUUGCGCCUCCCGCGCCCGCGCCUCCGCCCCCGCGCCCGCGUCCGCCUCCCGCCGGCCGCCUCCGCGCCGCCCCGCGCCUCACUCCGCAGCCGGUUACCUCAUCGCCUCCGCCGCCGACCCCGCAGCUCGCCUCUGCCCCGCGCCUCCCCGCGCCGCCCUUCGCCGGAGACCGGCCGGAUCCGGCGAGCCGCGGCCGGAUCCGCCUGACUCCGACCUCCCCGACCACUCUCCGGCGCCGCCCCGCGGCCACAUCGCCGGAGAAGCCGCCUGCGUCACCAUUGACCUCGGAAAACCUAGAUCCGGGAGUUAUAGAGUGCUCUAGCAUGUCUUAA